GCGGCGGCGGGCGCGGAGGUCCGCGCCCGGCUCCAGCGGCUCCAGCGGCUCGGGCGGCCCCGACUCCGGCGGGGAUGGGCGGGCAGCCGCCCUGGGGGCGCGGGGCGCGCGCGACCUGACCGCCUGGACUCGAAGCCCGGCCGCUUGGCAGCGCCGGGUCGAGGGUCUGCUCGGUGGGCGCGGACGCGGGGCCGGCGGCCGAGCCGGAGCCAGAGCAUGCGGGGCGCGGCGCGGGCGGCCGGGGGGCGCACGGGGCAGCUGUGGCCGAGGCCCCCCGCCCCGGGCCCUGGGCCGCCGCCGCUGCUGCUGCUGCUGGCCGUGCUGCUGGGCGGCGCGGGCGCGCAGUACUCGAGCGACUUGUGCAGCUGGAAGGGGAGCGGACUGACGCACGAGGCCCACAGGAAGGAGGUAGAGCAGGUGUACCUGCGCUGCUCUGCGGGCACUGUCGAGUGGAUGUACCCGACCGGCGCGCUCAUCGUGAACCUGCGGCCCAACACCUUCUCGCCUUCCCGGCACCUGACUCUGUGCAUCAAGCCCCUCCGGGGCUCGUCGGGGGCCAAUAUUUAUUUGGAAAAGACUGGAGAACUGAAACUGCUGGUGCGGGACGGGGACCUCGGGCCCGGCCAGGCCCCGUGCUUCAGCUUCGAGCAGGGCGGCCUGUUCGUGGAGGCGACGCCCCAGCAGGACAUCAGCAGGAGGACCACAGGCUUCCAGUACGAGCUGACCAGCCGGCAUGCAGGGCCAGACCUGCACACCCUGUCGGCCCCGUGCCGCCCUUGCAGCCACACUGAGGUGCUCUUGGCUGUCUGUACCAGUGACUUUGUCGUCCGAGGCUCCAUCCAGAAUGUCACCCAUGAGCCAGAGCAGCAUGAGUCAGCCAUCCACCUGCACGUGAGCCGGCUCUACCGGCAGAAGAGCAGGGUCUUCCGGCCGGCCCCAGAGGGCGAGGGUGGCGGCUGGCGGGGGCGCGUCUCCACGCUGCUGGAGUGCGGCGUCCGGCCCGGGCGCGGCGAGUUUCUCUUCACCGGCCACAUGCACUUUGGGGAGGCCUGGCUCGGCUGCGCCCCGCGCUUCAAGGAUUUCCAAAGGAUGUACAGGGACGCUGAGGAGAGGGGGCUGAACCCCUGCGAGAUAGGCACAGAGUGACUGCUGGGUGACCGCUGCCUCAGCGAUGGAUGCGCACACUGGGCACGGAGAAAACAAUUCAAGUGUUGGAGGAACAAUUCGCAUUCAACUCCCUGACGUCUGGGCCAUGUUUCCACGUAUGUGGUCCAUAUCCUGUCUGUCAUCUUCACCCACUGUGAACGGCAGACUGAUGGCUCCCAAAGAUGUCCUCAUCCGAAUCCCUGGAGCCUGUAAAUAUGUUACCUUACAUGGCAAAGGGGAGUUAAAGCCACAGAUGGAACUGAGAAUGCUAAUGAGAUGGGGAGAUUAUUCUGGUGGGCCUCAUGUCAUCACAGGGGUCCUUAAAAGAACCCUUGUAAGGAAGACGAGGCAGAAGAGAGAGAACCAGAGAGACUCAGUGUGGGGGCCCGACAGUCGGUGCUGGCCGUGGAGGUCGAGGAAGGGCCUCCAGAGGGAACCAGCCUGGCCGACACUCGAGAACCAGGCGAUGAUAAACUUGUGUUGCUUUUAAGCCACAGUAAGUUUGUGGGAAUUUGUCACAACAUCUACAGGAGACAAACCACCCAGGUACCUUCUUACCUGGGGUCAAGGGGACUUGGUAGGGUGCCUGGGCAGCCUGGGUGCUUGUGAAUUCCCCCUAAAGUUGUGUGUAGAAUGCUGUGUUAUGCGUCUACCUGCAGUUUUAGAA